AUGUUUUUAAAAACAGUUUUGCUUGUUGUGUGUAUGAUCAAUGCGAUUCAUAGUGUUUCUCUGGAAGAAUUUUUUCCAUUUGGAACACAAGCUGGCGAUGAAAUCUUUCCAGCCAAUGAUGAUGGAAGCACAAAUGCGUUGUCUCUACCCGCCAACUUCCCUUAUUUCGAUAACAACCAUCGGAAAAUCUAUUUAGCCAACAAUGGCCUCUUUUCAUUUCUUGGUCCAAUAUCAACUUUCGUGCCAGAUCCGUUUCCAUUGAGUGAUGACCGUCGUCUUAUUGCGGGAUUUUGGUCAGAUAUAGAUACGCGAGGUUACAUUCCAUCAGGUAACCAAGUAUUCUAUCACAUAUAUAGCAAUGAAGAUAAUACAACUGCAUUCGAAAAAGCCACAUCGUACGUUCAACAGUUUUUUCCCAGUGAACAUUCAUUCAAUCCGACAAUGAUCAUAACUGGUACAUGGUAUCGGGUUGGAGCUUUUUCUCAACAAACAAACAAAAAAAAUACAUUUCAAAUUGUGCUGGUAUCAGAUUCAAUGCGUAGUUUUGCUUUCAUGCUAUACCACGAUAUGCAAUGGGCUAAUCCCGGAUAUACAAACAGUUCAGCGUAUACUUCGGGACAAGCUGGUUUCAAUGCCGGCGAUGGAGUCAUUUUUCAGUUGUUACCCUAUUCUCGAACGGCGGACAUCAUUCGUCUUACAGAAAUCAGUAACGUCAAUGUUCCAGGUUUAUUCGCUUUUCGAAUUGAUACGGAUACAAUUACCCUUGGUGGUUGCGGAGAAAACUCGACUAUGCAAUUUCGACCACGCCGCGGUUCACAACUUGGUUCAACAGCAAUUACUAUUCAAGGUCCAUGCUUUACAAAUUUGAGUGAGUCCGCUGUCAAAUGUCGAUUUGGCGACUCACUAGAAGUUGAUGCCAUUGUCAUCGAUGAUUUCCAAGCAAUUUGCUUGACUCCAUCCGUUCCUUUACCCACGUUUGCUAAUGUUUAUUUAAGCAUCAACGGCGGUUGGACAUACGAAGCGUUUCCUAGUACAUUCACGUAUACACGUACAGAGUUCGGAAUGAUCUCAAGCGAUGAUAGUGAAGUUAUAGUUGUUAAUCAGGAACAACUCAGCAUUGCGGUGGGCAGUGAAAUUACUCUGCAAUGGUUUCUUUCUGAUAGAACAAUGAAGACAUGGCCCAAUGAAACCAUUCAACUUCAAGUACAAAUGUGGAGCGUAAUAUUAAACGAAACAAAUGGCGGUAUCAUACUCAACACUCAUACUGUUCUACAAUCAAAUAUCGCUCCGACUGCUGGUUUACAAUCAACAAGUGUUACUAUUGCAUCGCUUGGUAGUACUUACACACAGCCCAUCUUCUUUCGUAUUGUCGCACUCGAUUUGGAAACCAACCUUAUCUAUGCUGCCUUGAGUUCAGCUUUAUUUGUUCUAAAUGAUACUACGGCCGGAUCGACAGAUUAUUGCCAAAGGUGGGCAGCGGGAGAGCCCGAACCAACCACAUGGAAUGAAAACCUCUUGUUGUGUCCAUUAAGAUUGUCUCAAGCACGUGUGGCACGCUGUUGUUAUGAAGCAGAUCCUCUGUGCUCCGAAUAUAAUCAGGAUUCACCUUUGAAUUGUGCGCUUCAUCGCGGCCGAGAAGGACACGACGAACCGUCCGCUGUUGCAUGUUAUGUAUCACUGACACGGAAUGAAGCUCAAUCCGGAGCCGAAUGCUGCUAUGAUGGCGAAGGUCAACUGAUCACUCAUGGUACAGGUGCAGGAACCGACGAUCGUUAUCGACCUGGCUCUUUACCUAUUCUUCAUUUCUUUGGUGAUAUCCUACCAUAUAUUGGAUGUUGUUUGUCGAAUUCGAAUUUUGAGAACUGUGAAACGUACUUUCGUCUCCGACCAAUACGUAGUGGCAGUAACACGCGAAAUCCAUCCGGUGGCGCGUGGGGUGAUCCACAUUUUAUCACUCUCGAUGGAACCGCGUAUACAUUCAAUGGCUAUGGCGAAUACACUUAUUUAGCAGUUACAGAUUCAGCACUAUCGACACAAACACUUGUUUUUAAUUCGCAAGUCCGCACUGCCCCAUUGAAUUCAACUAGCAAUACAGUAACAGUUAUUCGUGGUUUUGCAGCGAAGUCAAAUCAUCCCGAUGCGAAACGCAUGAGUAUUACGAUUUCACGACGAAAUACGCUCAUUGUCCGACGUGGAAAUGAAACUCUCGAUCUUGAUAUUACUAAUGAUGAUAGGAUUUCGUCGAACAAUUCACUGGCCAUCGUUUUCCCAGAACUCGUUCUAGAGAAAAAUCGAACAAAUGGUGCCUUAACACUUUCCUGGUCAAUUGGAAUCAGUAUUCAAAUUACGCCAAUUCCAGUUACAGGUGGUCUCCUACUCAACCUUGGUAUCUCAGUUUCCAACGCACAUCUGCAACGAACAUUCGGUCUUCUUGGGUUAUACGACAAUGAUCCCACCAAUGAUCUUCGUACACCGAAUGGAACUGUUGUUGGUCAACCAAGUACACUCACAUUAGAACAGAUUCAUUAUGAAUUCGGUCAGGCUUGGACAAUCAAUCCAAGUCAGUCAUUUUUCUACUAUGAAUCCGGUGAUUCGGCUCUGUUUUAUGCAAAUCAAACUCUUCAGUAUAGACCAUUAUUUGAAUUACCUGAACUUUCGACAGCAGAAAUGAAUGCAAUACGCUCCGCAUGUGGUAUUGCUUCGUCAGCAACAAAUCAAUCGACCUGGACUGUAGCUCAACAAACAUGUUAUUAUGACAUAGCUGUAACAAACGACUUAUCGCUGGGAGAAGCAUCAAGACUUGUUGCAAACACAAUUGCUCAAACCGAAGCAGAUCAACGUUAUGCACCAGAAUUCAAUUCAUCUCUGCCGUUAACUCUUGCGGUUAAUGCAAACGCCUCAGUAUCAAUUAAUUUCACAGCAAUCAGCCCGUAUACAACAGAUAUCACUUAUACAUUAGUUCAAGGUCCAGCCUCUGCUACAUUCAAUCCUGCUACCGCCAUUUUCCGUUGGACAGUACCUUCUACAGGUCGUGGUUUGAGUGCAGUUGUACGUGUCAGCGCACAAGAUACCCUCUACAACCUCGUGUCCACACGUGACCUUGUUAUUCGUGACGUCGUUAGCUCUGUUCCUCCAACAUCGCUCGGUACUAUUUUAAGGAUCGCAUGGAUGUUCUUACUCGUCAAUCUCGUCGGAACAUUCGUUCUUCUCUAA